CACAUACAUUUGUUUCCAUCAGAGUGAGUGCUGUUGAAAGACACUAAAAUACAUGAGGGAAAUUGUGAAGUGAAGAGAUAGGGAAGAGAGGAAUGAGGAGAAGCUGCAACCUCAACCUUCACAAUCCUCCUUCCUCAUCCUUGAGUUUUUGCUGUAAAUUGAGGAGAUGCAUGAACCAAAAUCGGAACCAGAUCCAUUACAUCUUCUCUAGUGACGUGACUGAACUUCAGGCAAUAGCUAUCCUGUGGCUUGCUAAAAGAGUGACGGACGAGAGACGUAACGAGUUGGAACGGAAUAGAUCACCAUCUCGGCAGCAGCUCCAAUUCCACGGCAGCAGAGGCCUCUCUUUGAAGAAAUCUCUGCAGAAAUUCCUCCGGAAAAGGAGAGACAGGAUUCAGGCGUCCAUGCCAUACUAGACCGUCACGUUACCUAUCUCUAAUGAAGAUUGGUUAUGCUGCAAUUCGAGCUGUAAUCAACCAGUGUGCUUCUUCUUUAGGGAAAUUAUGUCAUAAAAUGAAAAAAUAAUUAAAACGCAUAAUUUUUACAAAGGGUUUUUGCUCCUUUUGAGCUCUCUUUUCAUAGUUUCUGUAGUCUUAAAAAUCCAAGGGAAGGAUGGAAAUGGGAGGUAUGCAAUGCGCGAUGUGAACUGGUGCUUGUGAUACGAGAUAUUGUCCGUUUUGAUUUUUAGAGACUUUUAAGUUAUAUAUGCUCUUCACUACAUGGACCGGUUGUCGGCACUAGAGAAGUGUGAUACGAGAUAUCGUCCGUUCUGAUUUUUAGAGACUUUUAAGUUAUAUAUGCUCUUCACUACGUGGACCGGCUGUCGGCACCAGAGAAGUGUGAUACGAGAUUUCGUCCGUUCUGAUUUAUAGAGACUUUUAAGUUAUAUAUGCUCUUCACUACGUGGACCGGCUGUCGGCACCAGAGAAGUUGGUGUUCCCGCCAAAAUUUGAAGUACCGGAACCAAUCAUAAGCUGAAUGUAGAGUUGUGUUCGUCCAGCGGUUGUUAAAUUUGGAGCUGAGGUAAAAUGAAGAAUCACAUGCAAGUACAAAGAUUGGUAAGGUUGGGGCAGACAGUGUGUUACAAUAUCUCCAAAACAGAGGGUUUGAGGCAAAGUUGUGUUUAUGUAUUUAGAUAGUAUGUAUAUGGUUCCAUCCUUGGAGUUCAUCUAUCAAACAAUCUAUCUAUCUAUAAAAGUGUGAGUGGUUUGGAUCUUUGA